AUGGUGGAAGUAGCUGCCAUUGCAGACAAGUAUCAGGUUGAGGCAUUGCCUCCUUUGUGCUUGCAUCUUGUGCGGAAGGCGCUGAAACCUGAUGUCGCCUGCGAGGUUUUCGGUUUAGCAGACCGCUUCCAUGUGGCUGAGAUGCGAGCAGAGGCGCUCGAUUGCAUCUUCGCCAAACCGGCAGAAGCGCUGAAAGAGCGUCCGGCACUCCGGCCGGAGCUCUUGGAGGAGAUCCUGGGCUCAGGCCUGCUGUGCACAAAGACAGAUGCUUUGAAGAAGACCGUCCAAAGCUGGGGAGGGAAGGACUGCGACUCCCUAGCAUCGAUCAUCAACAUCCCAGCAAACAACGAGUACACCGACGACGUGCUGGACAGGCUCAUGGGUAAGUGGCGGGAUGCCGACAGGAAGGGUGCUUUUGUGGGCUAUUGGGUGGCGGUGAUCGUGGGACCUGGGCAGGACAAAUACACCGCUGACCAGCUCGAGCGCGUAGCGGGCAAUCAAGGCAAAUUUUCCCUCCGAAAGGGCUGGAUGCAGUGGGUUCUUCAUCAUGCCUCGGUUCAUCUUCAGGGCUUUUGGUUUAGUACCACCGUACCGGCCUCAACAUCUUUCCGGAUCAAUGUGAAGUCCGACGAAGACGGCGCGACCUGGCACCUCGCUUACGAGUCGCGCGGGAAGGAGAUCGAAGACUACACUUUCCAGACUUGCAGCAGGCCUUUGGGCCUGGUGAAGCACUUCAAGCUGGAAGUCCUGGAAGGCGAGCUCCCGGAAACUCAUUUCGACAUCGAGGGCAUUUUGCAGACGCCCAUCUGA